AUCCGGGUCAACUGACACUAACAUUUUCCACUGAAAGACAUCCAACCCUUCCGUUCCGUCCGUCUGUCUUUACUGCCGAAGCCCGCCCGCCGCCGUCCGCCGUCCGCCGUCCUUGCCGUCGAAUCACGGCCACCGGCGCUCACAUACGAGCCCAGAUCAACUUAGAAUAUAUACAUUCGGGAUCAUGUAGCACAACCAAAAUAACCGGAUCCGGUGUUUUUCCCCUUCCCCUUCUUCAUAUGACCAAAUCCAGCGAUGCGGGCCUCUCCCCGGCUCUCGUCGAGACGGUCGCCGGUCUUUCGGCCGGCUCAAUGGCCACUCUGAUUGUUCAUCCGCUUGAUAUUGUCAAAACUCGGAUGCAAGUCCACCGAAGUAGUCCAACCAACCCUUCGGCAGCGCUCACCACCGUCUCCGUCUUCCGGAGUCUAGCGCAAACCGACCGGCCCCUCGCCGCCCUCUACCGCGGCCUCACGCCGAACCUCAUCGGCAACGCGACCAGCUGGGCCUCUUUUUUCUUCUUCAAGUCCCGCUUCGAGCGACUCAUCGCUCACCUCAAGGCCCCUUCUUCACCACCAGCACCUUCACAUUUAGGUGGUGAACCUACUACUCUCCCCCAAAAUGUCACCCCGGACCGCGAAACCCAAGCCCAAAUUAAAUCCCACCUCUCCCCCACCGACUUCUUCGCCGCCUCCCUCCUCGCCGGCGCCGCCACGCAAAUCAUCACCAACCCCAUCUGGGUCCUCAAAACACGCAUGUUGUCGACCGACCGGCUUGCCGCCGACGCCUACCCAUCCAUGUUCACCGGCGCCGUGCGCCUCUUCCGGAGCGAAGGGAUCCUCGGCUUCUACCGCGGUUUGGGCGUCGGCAUGCUCGCCAUCAGCCAUGGGGCGGUGCAGUUCGCUGUGUAUGACCCCGCGAGGAGGAUGUAUAUCGCAUCCAGGGAUGCGAAGCGACGACUGGCGGGCCAGGAGAUUGCUUCGGAGGAUGAGCGAGAAAGUCAAAGGAUCUCGAACGAGGCGACGAUUGUCUUGUCCACUGCCGCGAAACUGGUCGCGGGCACGGCGACGUAUCCGUUGCAGGUCAUGAGGGCGAGACUGCAGCAUCAUCAGGCUGACGAGCUGUUUGGUAGGGGCAUAGGAGGGGUGGUGGCGAAACUGUGGAGGGAGGAAGGGUUUAGAGGGUUUUAUAGGGGGAUGAUGCCUGGCGUGGUGAGGGUGCUGCCGGCGACGUGGGUGACGUUUUUGGUUUAUGAAAACGUCAAGUAUUACUUGCCUAAGAUGGUGAGUGGUGUUUGAGAUGGGAAGGGGACUGUUUUGGAUCGUGUGGUACAUGAGAGGGAGGGCGGCAAUGGGAGUUGGGUGUGGUCUUUCUUGCUGGCCUUCUACGGUGUCGUUGGUGGGUUGUAGUGUAUCAUCAUCAUGUAUUAUCGUAUGUAACCUAAACUACCUGUAUGAUCAACCUAUAGAGUAUAAGAAAUCCACACAAAACGAGCUUGGGAAUCCG